CCGGAAGCGGGAGGUGCCGAGGGGACGUCGCGUCGCCGCGCCGGGUCUCGAGUCGCCGCGGAGCCGCCGCCGCCGCCGCGCCAUGGCCGAGAGCGACUGGGACACCGUGACGGUGCUGCGCAAGAAGGGCCCCACGGCCGCGCAGGCCAAGUCCAAGCAGGCCAUCCUGGCGGCUCAGCGCCGUGGAGAUGACGUGGAGACGUCUAAGAAAUGGGCCGCCGGCCAGAACAAACAGCACUCGAUCACCAAGAACACGGCCAAGCUGGACCGGGAGACGGAGGAGCUGCACCACGACCGGGUGACCCUGGAAGUGGGCAAGGUCAUCCAGCAGGGCCGGCAGAGCAAGGGGCUGACGCAGAAGGACCUGGCCACGAAAAUCAAUGAGAAGCCGCAGGUCAUCGCGGACUACGAGAGCGGCCGGGCCAUCCCCAACAACCAGGUGCUGGGCAAGAUCGAGCGGGCUAUCGGCCUCAAGCUCCGGGGCAAGGACAUCGGGAAGCCCAUCGAGAAGGGCCCGAGGGCGAAGUGAGCGCAAAGCCUCGAAAUCCGUGCGUGCCCUGGACGCGCACUGACCCCCGACGGGGCCGCCCCGCCCGCACCUGCUGUCCAACAAGAACAAACCUUGAA